CUACUACUAGAUUAGUCAGUGUAGAUAUAUAGAACGAAAUGAUACAAGUAUGCUUAACCUUCCAUAUAGAGAGAGUUCAAAUAAACUAAUAAAGCAUUUAACUUGAAUGAAGAUAAGUAUAUAUCUUGCUGUCUCUACGUACAGAGAAACUCACAGUCACAACUAUAUUUUCAUUUAUGCACUCAACUACCAUAUUUAUAUUGCCAAUAACCCCCACUCUCAAAAACACUAUAAUUAUUAUAAUCUAAAUCUCAUAGAUCCAGCACAACUACAAUUAUUCUCUCCUUUACCAUGAGAGGGAAAACAGCAUCAUUGCUGGCUCUCAUGCCAAUUCUCUCCACAAUUUUAGUUCUACUAUUUUCAGUUACCAAUUUCUCAAAAUUAGCAACAGCAGCAACACUCCAAACAAACCACAUUCAAGUAGCCCAAUCAGCAUGCGAAGGAACACUCUAUCAAGACCUUUGUGUCUCAACCUUAUCCACUCUCCCAGAUCUUACCUCAAAAACAGUCCCGCAAAUUAUUUGCUCUGUCCUCAACAACACCAUAAAAGAGGUUAAGCAAUCAUCUUCCAAUUGCACCGGACUCCGAAUUCGCGGUCGAAGUGCACAAAGCAUACUUGACCAAAGAGCGCUUGAGGAUUGUGUCAAUUUAUUUGACACUACCAUUGACGAACUCAAAACAACCAUUUCUGAUCUCUCUCAAACUCAAACCACAGUAGCUUCUAGCAGUAAGCGUGACUGUCAAACUCUACUUAGUGGUGCAAUGACCAAUGUGUACACAUGUUUGGAUGGUUUUGCUUAUAGUAAAUCGAAAUUGAGAAAAAAAAUUGAGGCUAAGUUGAAUGAUAUUUCUAGUCACGUUAGUAACUCACUUGCCAUGUUGAAAAAAGUUCCUGGAGUGAAAACUAAAGCUUCUGAGUCUGAAACUUUUCCUGAAUAUGGUAAAGUGAAAGAUGGGUUUCCAUCAUGGGUGUCCCCGAAAGAUAGGAAGCUACUACAAGCUGCAGUGAAUCAAACCAAGUUUGAUCUUGUGGUUGCUAAAGAUGGCACAGGCAACUUUGCCACUAUAGGUGAAGCAAUUGCUGCAGCUCCAAAUUCUAGCGCAACUAGAUUUGUGAUACACAUAAAAGCUGGGGCUUACUUUGAAAACGUGGAAGUGAUAAAGAAGAAAACCAAUUUGAUGUUGGUUGGAGAUGGGAUUGGACAGACUGUUGUGAAGGCCAGUAGAAAUGUUGUAGAUGGGUGGACCACUUUCCAAUCAUCUACUUUUGCUGUUGUGGGAGACAAAUUCAUAGCCAAAGGUAUAACCUUUGAGAACUCAGCCGGACCUAGCAAACAUCAAGCGGUAGCGGUGAGAAAUGGUGCCGACUUCUCAGCCUUCUAUCAAUGUAGCUUUGUGGCUUACCAGGACACUCUCUAUGUCCACUCCCUCCGUCAAUUCUACCGCGAAUGUGAUGUUUAUGGAACUGUAGACUUCAUCUUUGGCAACGCAGCUGUGGUAUUCCAAAACUGCAACCUAUAUGCACGUAAACCCGAUCCAAAGCAAAAGAAUUUGUUCACUGCACAAGGCAGAGAAGAUCCUAACCAAAAUACCGGAAUUUCAAUAUUGAAUUGUAAAAUUGCAGCUGCUGCGGAUUUGAUUCCAGUCCAAUCAACGUUCAAGAGUUACCUUGGUCGUCCUUGGAAAAAAUAUUCAAGAACUGUUUAUCUGAAUUCUUUUAUAGAUAAUUUGAUUGAUCCAGCAGGAUGGUUAGAGUGGAAUGGAACGUUUGCUUUGGAUACAUUGUUCUAUGGUGAAUAUAAGAAUAGAGGUCCUGGUUCGAAUACAAGUGCUAGAGUUACGUGGCCAGGUUAUAAAGUCAUUACAAACGCUACUGAGGCAAGUCAGUUCACUGUUAGACAGUUUAUACAAGGAAAUGAAUGGUUGAACUCUACUGGAGUUCCAUUUUUCCUUGAUUUGAGUUGAAAGGUGUAAUGGUAUCUCUCCCUUCUUUCAUAAAGAGUUUAACGGAGACAUAUUGUCAAUGUAAAUGAGAGAGUUCAGAAUAUUGCCACGUAAGUCUGCUUUAUAACCAGAAUUUUAAAAAUAACGGCAAAAUGUUGGAUUCUCAUUGGAAGUCGGUGUAAAACUAUUUUACACUGAAGAUGAAUGUCCCCAAUUCUCAUUUAUUUUAUGUAUUGUUGAAAUGGAUCGGAAAGUGUAAUUUUUCUUUGCAACUUCAAAAAGCAAUAAAUAAUCUUCAGUCUUCUUUAUAUGGAGGAUUUGAUAGGCUUGGCAACGAUUGUAGGAAUAGAUUAAUUGUAUUUUUGCAUAUGAUAAAUUAUAUUUAUAGGCAA